CUCCACUUCUCGGACUUCAACCCGAGCCCUUACUUUAUCAAUCAGUCAAAAUGCGUUCUUCUCUGUUACAUCCCCCUUACAUCCCACUUCCCCCGCUUGUUCUCAUCCAUAUCGAAUCCUGAACCCCAGAUCUUGAUUGAAGUCAUCACCAUGGUCUACACUGCAUCUUUUGCCUUCUUCGAGGCUCUGUGGGAGGCCGGCGUCACUCAUGUCUUCGUGAAUUUGGGCUCCGAUCAUCCCUCAAUCCUAGAAGCCAUGGUCAAAGGCCAGAAAGAGAAACCCACCGAGUUCCCAAAGAUUGUAACAUGUCCCAAUGAGAUGGUGGCUCUCUCCAUGGCCGAUGGCUAUGCGCGUCUGACUGGCAAGCCUCAAUGUGUGAUUGUUCACGUCGAUGUGGGCACGCAAGGUCUCGCUGCAGCCAUCCACAACGCUUCCUGUGGUCGUGCUCCGGUUCUGAUCUUUGCCGGUCUUUCUCCUUAUACAAUUGAGGGUGAGAUGCGGGGUUCUCGCACCGAAUACAUCCACUGGAUCCAAGAUGUUCCGGACCAGAAGCAGAUCGUCUCUCAGUACUGUCGUUAUGCUGGAGAAAUCCGUUCGGGCAAGAACAUCAAACAGAUGGUGAAUCGGGCUUUACAGUUCGCCACAAGCGACCCUCAGGGCCCUGUCUACCUGGCUGGUGCUCGAGAAGUCAUGGAGGAGGAAAUAACCCCGUACUCUAUCAAUCAAAGCCAGUGGGUACGAGUUGCUCCACCAGCACUACCUUCGGAAGGAGUGGAGUUGAUUGCUACUGAGCUUGCGGCUGCCAAAGAGCCAUUGGCAAUCGUAGGAUACUCAGGCCGCAACCCCCAGGCAGUGAAGGAGUUGGUCACUCUAGCCGACACAUUCAAGGGCCUGCGCGUUCUAGAUACUGGUGGCUGCGACAUGUGCUUCCCAGGUGAUCAUGCAGCAUCUCUAGGAAUGCGAUUUGGAAUCCACGAUGCCAUAAAGACGGCUGACUUUAUUCUGGUUGCCGAUUGCGACGUACCAUGGAUUCCUACCAUUUGCAAGCCUUCCGACACCGCCAAAAUUGUCCACGUCGACGUGGAUCCUCUCAAGCAACAGAUACCUGUGCAUUAUAUCAACUCGAGUGCAACUUACCGGGCGGAGUCUGCAACGGCGUUCAAGCAGGUCAACGACUUUAUUGCAUCCAACCAUAAGCUACAACAAUCUAUCAACACGGCAGAGAACCAGGCGCGAGGCGAACGUCGUGAGCAAGAAUUCAGAAAAACGCGCAAGGCAAUCGCCGAUAUGGCCGUGGUCCCAGCAGGCGGGGACGGGGCGCCGUUGAACGCGUCGUAUCUCAUCUCCCAGCUCCGGGGAGGUUGUCCUGCUGACACCAUCUGGGCGAUCGAGUCCGUGACGCUGACUGGGAUCGUCUCCGAUCAAAUCGCGGCAACUAUCCCCAAAUCCUGGAUCAAUUGCGGCGGCGGUGGUCUUGGAUGGUCUGGUGGCGGUUCUUUGGGCAUCAAGCUCGCGACCGAUCUUGAACACGGGGGGAACAACAAGGGCAAGUUUGUCUGUCAAAUCGUAGGCGACGGCACGUACCUCUUCUCGGUGCCUGGCUCCGUGUACUGGGUGGCGCGCCGGUACAAUAUCCCCGUCCUGACAAUUGUCUUGAACAAUAAGGGCUGGAAUGCCCCGCGGAGGAGUAUGCUGUUGGUGCACCCCAACGGUGACGGCUCCCGGGCCACCAACGAAGACCUCAACAUCUCCUUCGCGCCCACUCCGGACUACCCCGGGAUCGCGAAGGCGGCCUCGGGAGGUCAAUUCUGGGCGGCGCAGGCGUCAACGGUUGCGGAGCUCCGUCGGUUGCUGCCCGAGGCCAUCAAGAGUGUGCAGAAUGGCACCACGGCUGUGUUGGAAGCGCAGUUGGAUGGGACGGAGGGCAAAUAUGUGGCAAAGCCGAAACUUUGAGUUUUUGAACUUGGAUCGUAUGUCUAGCAAAGAUGACUUACAUGGGAG